AUGGAUGACGCACCAGCAUCAUCGUCGUCGAAAUCGCCAAGCAGCGAUUCGCCCAAUGUCGCCGAGCCGACAACAAUCAAAUUGCCAGAAAUUCAACUACCUACUUUCGACGGUGCCAUCGAGAAUUGGCAUUCAUUCUAUGACGCCUUAUCGUCCACGAUAGAUCGAAGCGAUCGACUCACUGCCACACAAAAAUUCCACUACCUUCGAUCUUCUUUAACCGGAAAGGCCGCGCGAAGCAUCCAAUCGUUGGACGUUACGGAAAUUAAUUAUCCCAUCGCGAUUGAUAUUCUGAAGGACAAAUUCGACUGCCACCGUCAAGUCUGCAUGCGCCACUGGGACUUGAUUUCCGAAUAUCCAAAAAUAAACAAAGAGACACCCGAAGCGAUCGACGAUUUUUUGGAGACGGUCAAGACGACAAAAAAAACGUCCGAAAAACACAAUCGACAACGACAACACGCGCCGCGAAGCAUCACCUUCGCCACUACACAUAGGCCGACGGCGUGUCCAAGUGNUAAGGGACAACAUAAAAUAUGGCAUUACGAGGUUUUCAAGGCGAAGUCGGUCAAAAAUCGCCUUGAAAUCGUCAAAAGGGCUUCCCUAUGCACCAAUUGUCUAGGCCAAGGGCACACUAUCGCCCAGUGCUCUGCCGGUUCAUGUCGCAUAUGCAGACAGCGACAUCAUACAUACUUGCAUCAACACCAACGUCACGGCAAAUCACGGUCUUCGAGCGGUCGAUCGUCGAGCGACCGAUCAUCGAGUGGACGCUCUUCACCUAGCUCACCGACUCCUCGUUCGUCACAUCGUUCGAGACGUGCGUCCACGUUUUCCAAGUCGUCUCCACGGUCGUCACCCCGAACGUCACCAAAACACGAACCUCGGACCGAGUUACUGACCUCGGUUCCCUCUAAACCAUUACAACAUGAUCUCUUAGUCACGGCGCAGGUCAACAUACAAAACAAUAAGAGACAACCAUUCCGUUGUAGAGCCCUGCUAGACACCGCUUCACUCUGCGUUGGUCAACUUGACAUUACUCAAGAUAACGGGCCCGACUUGCGCCUGCAAAAAACGCGUUUCGGAUGGAUCAUCGGGGGGAGUCCAGCCUCGCAGUCUUCAGCAUAUACGUCCCACGCCUCCACGACGGCUUUACAGGCGGACCUCGCCCGCUUUUGGGAAAUCGACGAAGGACCUUCCAUUCCACACAUUUCAGAAGCGGAACAACAAUGCGAGGAUCAUUUUCGACGUCACGUACAACGCACAACCGAAGGACGAUACAUGGUCGCUCUCCCAUUCAACAAAACAACUCCUUCACUCGGAUCCUCCAAGGCCAUGGCGAUGAAGCGACUCACAUCUCUCUGCCGUCGCUUUCAACGGGACAAACAGUUCGAAGCCGACUAUCGCGCCGUAAUACAGGAAUACCUUGAUCUGGGAUACAUGUCGAAGAUAACCACGGACCACUCCACGGAAGACGGAUAUUUUCUGCCACAUCACGGAGUGAUCAAAGAGUCCAGCCAAACGACGAAACUCCGAGUCGUAUUUGACGGAUCGGCACCAACCACCACCGGAGUUUCCCUGAACGACGUACUUCACACAGGACCGAAAGUGCAAGAAGACUUACUUUUCAUUCUCCUAAGAUUUCGCUCGCAUCAAUACGUUCUUACAGGAGAUAUUGAAAAAAUGUACAGACAAUUUCUCGUGCGUCCAGAGGAUCCGCGAUGUAUUCCACCCAGCUGCAUUUGCGGGCCUGUACGCUCCAUCACAGCUAGGUCGCCCCAUGUCACCUCGACAAAUCCACGCAGAGCUCCCUGGCAGACCGAACCAGAAGACACCGAUAAAGUCGUCAAGAUUAGCCGUGCUCCGAAAGUCAUCAGGCAACCCGUACGACUCAGUCGCCACGCCAAUAACCCUAUAUCUGCAAGGGUCUGGGAUAUCGAGUCCUAA